AUGAGCAUCCCAGUGGUGGAUUUUGGCUCAUGCAGCCUCGACGUGGACGAUAUUUCCCGCGUGGAUCUGCACGAACUGAGCACGGAGUUUAAAAAUGCUUUUACACAAGUGGGAUUUGUUUUCUUGGAGAACACGGGCAUCACGCAAGAAGAGGUGAAGAGUGUCAUGGACGCUUCAUUGAGGUUUUUCAGGCAGCCAGACCAUCUGAAGCAACCAUUCAGAAGGAAUACCUUCCCAAAUUGUAUCGUCCACGGCUGGCUACCUCUGGGAUCGGAAAGGGUGGAUAUAGAAAAACCAGAAGAUAUAAAAGAGGCGUUCAACAUGACUUCAAUCAACCCCAGCAUAAAAUGGUCUUCUCUGGAAGGAUUCCAGGAGAGCCAGACAACCUUUUACUACCGCUGCAAAGAGCUGAGUCUGCGCAUUUUGAGGGUUAUUGCCCACAGUCUGGAUGUGGACCCCGAAGUCUUUCUGAGUGCCCACUGCCACCUUGACACUGAUCAGAACCUGACAACGCUGCGUUCGCUGUACUAUCCACCGGUAAACAGCAGGCUUGCCAAGGAGGGUCAGCUGAGAUGUGGACAGCAUUCCGACUAUGGGAGCAUGACCCUGUUAUUCCAGGAUUCACAAGGGCUGCAGGUGCGCCGACGUUCUGGUGAGUUUAUUAUGGUUCCGUGCAUUCCAGGGGCAGUUCUCGUCAACAUAGCAGACAUGAUGCAACGUUGGACAAGUGACCGUUUUGUAUCUGCGGUCCACAAAGUUGAGCUGCCCAUGGCCGAUGACUCCAGUACACGACAAUCCCUGGCUUUCUUCCUUAUGCCUGACGACGAUGCCAUGAUCAGCUGCGUGGACGGGUCAAACAAGUACCCACCGAUUAGGGCUGGCGACUACUAUGCUGAGCGCCUUGCCCAUAUUUACCCACGCAGAUGGGCAAAGACGCCGUGUGGGUGCCACCCCAGGACCACGGCUCUCACCCAGCCAGCCGUGCAGCCCAUCCCUCCUCCCGCAGCCCAGCAAAGGAGCCAUCCAACCGGCUUUCAGGGAUGGGAAGAGGGGACGCACCACCAACCCCAUGACUACCCCCACCACCGUCCGCCCACCCGGCCCAUGAGCCACUGCCGCAGUCCCCCAACAGGCACGACACGCCGCGGGACCCCAACAGCCCACCAAGCCCAGGGCAGGGCAGGUCCCAGCCGACACACCGGCGUCCAGCCAGCGACCCUUGACGGAGCGCAGGGUGGAUACCCAGGUAGAGUAGAGAGGGGAAGGCGGAAGCAGGAGAACGCCGAGGAGCCACCGCAGGGCGAAGCGAGAUUGGAGCCCCGACCUCCCCCACUCCCGUGGCCUGCAGCAGGCAGAGGGGAGGCCACUCUCCGGGAGCCAAGCCACAGAGAAAAAACCACCCUUCUCCAUGUGGACAAGGAGCGGCUAGGCUCUACUGCUGUCAGCAUGACCAGCCUGCGGUCCCUCAACUCUGAUGAGAUCGAACUGUUUCACAUGGGUAGCGACCAAAAACGCGAUCCCAAACCUUAA